CUGUGUGCAUGUCUUAAAAAAUGGCGAAUGAUAAAUUUUUGUUCAUUGAUUGAAAGCAAAGUCCUCUAGUAUAAUUUAUUUUGUUUAGUAUUUAUUGGUGUAACAGUGAAUAUUUAAUAAGAAUGGCUGACGCUAUAGUAGAGCGUAGACCGAAUAUUCGUUUCUUCUGUCACAGGUGUCUAGUAGAAUUUGAAGAUGUUCUGCAGGAAUUCAUUUGCCCCUACUGUGAAGGUGGGUUCAUAGAACAGUUAGAAGAAGCAGAAGGGAUACCGUUGUCAGGAGGUGAUGACUAUAGCGAUGCCGACAUGAGUAAUAUAGAGGAUAUGAGCAAUGUUGAUGAGAUGAGCAACUUGGAUGAUUCUGAUGAAGUUCAUAGAAGCACACCACCAAUGCUGAAUGAUUUAGCAUUUUUGAUGUCCGGAGGUCGAUUACGUGGUAUAGGUACUGGAACGGCUUCCACUAAUAGUUCAGCAACAGGCACUGGUAACAAUGCUGGUAAUGGUACAAACACAACAAGAAGGCCAACUGUGAUGGAUGAGUUAAUUUGGAUGGUUAGUGGUGGUCGACCACCAGCUGGGGCUAUGACAGCAGGAGCUCCAUUCGUUCUGGUGGGAACACCAGGAGACUAUGUUUUUGGUGGUGAAGGUUUGGAUGCAGUGGUCACACAAUUACUUGGUCAGCUCGAGCACUCUGGUCCACCCCCUUUGCCGCGUGAACGUCUCGCAGCACUACCGACCGAGCAAGUUACAGAGGAACAGGCGGCCGCCAACACUGCAUGUUCUGUGUGCUGGGAAAACUUUCAGCUAGGUGAGACGACCGCGCGGCUGGAGUGUGAGCACGUGUUCCACCAGUCGUGCAUUACGCCGUGGCUACAGCUGCACGCCACGUGCCCCAUCUGCCGGCGCUCGCUGCUGCCGCCGGGCGAGCCGCCCGCCCCCGCGCGUACCGACCCCGACGCGCCCGCCGUGCCCGCGCGCACGCCCGCCACCCUCGCCGCCCGCAACACGACGCACCCGCAGACUCAGAUUCGAUUAGCCCCAAGAGUAGUCAUUCGUCGCGCGACUGGCCCGCUCUCGGCCGUAAUCCGACGGUUUCCAUCCCAAACGCACACCUGGGACUCGCUAAACAACACGAGCACGUCCGGAUCGUCGCCCGCUUCUUCAGUCACAGCGGGAGGCAUUUGGGCGCCACAGACGCGGACCACCAACUCGAGCGGUUCCAACAACUCGUCUACAUCACUCAACUCCAAUGACAGAGACCUACAGUACAACACAGACAUUGAUUAUGACUAAUCAAUAAAUAUAUAUAUUGCAAUGGAUAGCACUAAUAGUUGUUCAGUGCUGGUUAAGUGUUCAGACUUGUGAAAGUGACUCGUUGAAGUGUACACCAUUGGGUGGAUAUAGACAGCCAUUGUGUAAGCAACUCGAUAUGUAUUGAUUCUUUUAGAUAUACACUGUAUGGAAGUUGUGUGCCUUUUAUUUGUAUCGCAGCAUUGUAAAUUAUUAAAUAAUAUAGUCAUCAAUAUUUGUAAUGUAUAGUCAUAAAUUAAGUUACUUCCACUGCAAAUAGUUAGGAUGUUGUUUAUUUAAUGUUCUAUUUCAUUGAUGGUGAAAUAGAUUAAUGAAUUACACACACGGGACACUGUCCAACUUUUUUGUCCAGUGAAAUGACAUGAUUAAUAUAAUAUAUUGGUGUGUAUAUAUAGCUUAAAAACAGUGUAUAACUUGGUGUAGUUGUAAAUUAUUUACAAGUAAACUAAUAAGACUAACGAUCAGGAUUCUAAAUUUAAAAUAUUUUACACAUAAUACAGUUAACCUCUGAACAGUUGAUUUUAUGAUAUCCGUUUAUAUAAAAAAAUAUAUUACUAAUGUGCUCUGUGUAAAUUUUGUAAAUAUCUUAUGUGUAAGACAUUGUCUUGUUACUUUUUGGAUUUUAGGAAGAACUGUUGUAUCCUAGCACUAACUAAUGUAAUAUAACUAUUGCAUUAGUUGAUAUGUUAUUGAAACUAUUUGAUACACCUUAAUAUAUAUUUUUUAAUAUAAAACAAGACUCAACUUGAAACUGUUGUUGAUGAAUACAUAUAAUUUGUAAAUAAUAAACAUCGAUUGGUAUGUCUUUACGUAAUUUCUACCAUGUACAUUAUGUACGCAAAAAUAUUUAAUAAAAAGAUAUUGUUAAUAAUGUUUUUGUUAAUGAGUCAUUACUCAUUGAUAAAAACAUUAUUUACAAUAUCUUAAGUGAGAGAGUGAUAAUCAUCACAUAAUCAUUAUGAAAAAUAAUAUACAUAUAAUAAAGUUUGUUGUAAAAAAAAAACUUCACUUUAAUUCUACUUAAAAAUGAAAACCAUUCUAGUUUACCCGGCCUAUAAGGCUGAACAUUUUGGAAAAUUUAAAAUAUAAUAAAAUAAGGAACACAAAAGUUAUGCAAUUGUUUGUUAGAAUCAUUUAGUGCAACAAAAACUUGCCUCUGCAUAUAUGCCCCUAUAGGCUAUAAGCCUAUGUAGGAUAUUUAGAAAUCCGCCACUAAUUCACAUUAUCAAUAGACUUAUUUAUUUAAUUACAAUGUAUUAUGUUGCUUGUGGUUUCUCAUUGAAUUAAAUUCUAAAGCUAAUUGAAAGAAAGUUUGUUUUUAACUUUACCUAAUGAUAAACCACAUGUAAUCAUUAUUUUUAUUAUGAAGUUUUUAACAUUGAAAAAUUUAUUUUAUUUUCAAACAAAUUAAAAUAUAUUUUUAUAUUGUAUAAAAUUUUAGCAGUACCACUACUACUGCUUGUUUGAUCUAAACAGAUGUAAAAUAUUGACUUUCCUUAGAAACAUUUGCUUUUGUAUUUUUUUUUUCUAAAAUUCCAUUUGAUUAUAUAUAAAUUUAAUAGCUUUAUGUUCUAUUCUAGCCAUAAUACUAAGGCUAUAAAUAAAUAAUGUAAGGCGAGAUAAAUACUGUGCAAAUUAUUACUAGUUCCAAUUUAGUAAAUUUAGAAUAAUAAUUUUAAACAAAAAUAUUAUAAGGAUGUAAUCAAAAUCACAGUUUAUAUUAGAAAUUUUCUUAGAAUUUGCUUACGCAGAUGUCAUUUAACAUUUCAUGAAAUGCCUUAAGUGGUUUUGAGUUGCUAUUCACAAAUAUUGCGGAAUAAUAGUUAUAAAGAUAGUUCCUAUACCUACUGUUAAUGUUAUGUAUUCCGUUCUACGAAAGUCCUACCAGAGGAAUGAAAAUAUUUUUUUUUUGUGUAUUGUGACGUGAAUUCAUUAACUAAGUUUAUUUAUUCGAAAAUUGUAUAAAGUAUAUUAAAAUUAAUGACACAAUCUUUA